AUGAAGAUUAUGUGCUGCUAUUGCGGCGUGUAUUAUGCAAAAGGCAUAUUUACCAUUCCAUCUAAUAAUCCUGCCAUUGAAGAAGAAUGGAAAAAACAGAUCCCAGGUUGUGAAGAGCUGUUGAAAGUCAACAAAAAUUUGCCUUUGUGCUAUAAUCACUUUGCAGAAACAGAUGUUAUCAAAGAAGACAUUUAUGUAAUCAAUGGUAAAUCUGUGUCUGUUCCUAGAAUGAAGUGGAGUUUGGCACCCAACUCAGUGCCCAGUAUAUUCAAUGAUAACAGUUUAUCUUUUGGAGUUUCUCGAUUAUUGAAGGGUGGACUACAACUACAAGAUGCUAGUUUAAGUACUAAAGAGUGUGGUACUGAUUCAGCUUCAUUCGAAAUGGAUUCUUCAACCAUGGCAAUUAAUAACAAUAACUCUGAGGUUCCAGUACAACAAUUGCUGCCUUACAGUACUUUGCAAAACCAACAUAAUUUUAAGCAGUCGUCUAUUGAAAUAAAUCCUCCGAUACUCUAUCAACCGCACGAGAUGAAUAACGGACAUAAAACUACCUCCGAAGCUGAAAUUUCCAUGGAUUCGUCGAGUACUGUGAUAAAAAGAAGUCUUGAACAAAAGACUACUACUUCAGGCAACACCCACCUAGGAUGUUGCGACGUAGAAGGCAUUUCCGCUUCCAGUGUCAGUCAGUUUAAUGUCGCGGUUGGCGGUACCACGCCAACACCUGUCGACGGUCCAAUCGUGGGUGUCUUUGUGAUGAUUCCAAAUUCCAUAAAACUGCCGGGUGAAAAUUGGUACUCGAUGCGAGGUGCAGAACAGAUCUUGUUUUGUUGCGAAGCUAUAGUCAAAGAAGAAGUUGUGGUUAUCCGGAAAGGUGUCAAAAUUGACGUUAAGGCAAAAUCGAUUAGUUUUUUUGUUUAUCAAGAUGCGCUACCGCUCGACAAAGAACUUCCGUGUGGUUUGUAUCGGAACUUUGAAACCGUCAACAGUCUCAACGAGACUCUAAAAAUUUUUGACGCAUUGCCGUUAUGUACCGGAAUUGACGAUGUCCCGUGCCAUUUCGUCAAGGAUUGCUCGACGGAUUUCGGAAUCCUAAAAAAUGGUUUUUGGCAUUCCACCGCGUGUUCCGUAUUUCCUGAUUCUCGACAAGUUCAAGGAUUAUGCGGAUCGUGUUUUUCCUUUAAACAAACUCUUCUUCUUCGUUACUUCCAACAAGGAGAAAAUCCUUCAACGUCAUUGGCGAAAAAGAAAUAUGUUGUUAACAAGUAUUUGAGCAACGAGGAAUUGGUGAAGUCGAAGCAGGAAACCCAAAAGGAAAUUAGGAUUUUGAAACAGAAAUUGAGAAGAACGGAAUCUCGAUUAAUGGAAAAAGAAACUGAAGUUAGAUCGAUGCGAGAGAAAAUCGUGCAAGUGCAAGGAGAAACAACUAACGCAGCAACGAAUAAACGGGUAAAAACUAAAGACUAGAUCUUCCUACUGAGAUAUGAAAAUUCAUGUUUGUGUACUUUGUCCUUGUGACUGGUCAAUAACUAGUCAAUGCAUAAACUUUGAUAUCUGUUUGCUCGAUCGUUAAGUCCGGCUUAUCACUAAGAAGCUGAAUAAUUUUUUGUUGGAUCUGAAAGAAAUACAGACAAUUUUUUCUUGUU